UCGUGAAGCAAGCAGUAUGGCAGCCAUUGCAAUAGUGAUGCUCACAAUGUUGUCAGUGGCCAGUAUUGGGAAUGCGCUUAGUGUAGACUACUACAAGCACACAUGUCCUCAGGCGGAGUACAUAGUGGCAGGUGCCGUACAUAAAGCAACCAUGAACGAUAAAACAGUCCCAGCUGCUCUGCUUCGCAUGCAUUUUCAUGAUUGCUUCAUAAGGGGCUGUGAUGCGUCGGUUCUACUGGAAUCAAAGGGAAAGAAGAAAGCAGAAAAAGAUGGGCCUGCCAACAUAUCUUUGCAUGCAUUCUACGUCAUCGACAAUGCCAAGAAAGCACUGGAAGCCGCAUGCCCCGGGGUGGUCUCCUGUGCAGACAUUGUCGCACUUGCUGCUAGGGAUGCUGUUUUUUUGUCGGGAGGACCCAUGUGGGAAGUACCGCAAGGAAGACGAGAUGGAAGAAUAUCAAGAGCAGAUGAAACCAGACAACUGCCAGCUCCAGUCUUCAAUAUUUCCCAACUCGAGCAAAGCUUCUCUCAGAGAGGCCUUUCCUUGGAAGAUCUUGUGGCCCUCUCAGGUAUGCGGGUGUGUGCGUGCGCGCAUGAAUUCCCACAUCAUCUUCAUUCUGCAAACAGAAUCCACAACUUCAGCCCCAAACAAGACAUUGACCCUUCAAUGGACCCCUCCUUCGCCGCCAGUCUUCGACGCAUUUGUCCCUUUCACAACAAGGUCAGAAACGCCGGUUCUCCAUUGGAUUCCAGCUCCACCGCUUUUGACAACGCUUAUUACAAGCUGCUUCUUCAAGGUAAAAGCGUCUUCACUUCCGACCAGGCUCUGCUCACUCAUCCCAAAACCAAAGCAUUGGUUUCCAAGUUUGCUCAUUCCCAAAAGGAGUUUGAAUACGCCUUCGUCAAGUCCAUGAUCAAAAUGGGCAGCAUCACCGGCGGCCAAGAAAUCAGGCUUGACUGUAAAGUUGUUAAUUAGACGAUUCUAUAUAUUUUUCCAGAAAAGGAAAACAAAAGAGAAAAAAUAAUUAGAACAGCAAGGGGUUCUAUCUGCGAGGAUUUAACUGUGACAUUCGAGGCUUAAGCUGAGCCUCUCGUCCAGUACAGUGGUUGUGAGUUGUUUUCCCAUUGAUGUCAGUUAGUGUCGAGAUAGGGUGGCGUCUGUGUGC